AUGUUGAAAGCAUGUAUUCUAGAUUUUGGGGGAAGUUGGGAAGAUCAUUUGGUGUUGGCAGAAUUCGCCUACAACAACAACUAUCAAUCUAGCAUUCAAAUGGCACCUUAUGAAGCUUUAUAUGGAAGACCUUGUUGGUCACCUGUAUGUUGGACUGAAGUAGGAGAAACUGUGUUGCUAGGACUUGAUUUGGUACAAGAGACAACUGGAAAGGUUAAACUUAUCAAGCAACGUCUCUUGACUGCUCAAAGUCGACAAAAGAACUACGCUAACCAAAGAAGGAAACCAUUAAGUUUUAAUGUGAGGGAUUUUGUGUUUCUUAAAAUCUCAACUCGAAGAGGAGUAAAAAGAUUUGGAAAGACUGGAAAAUGA